AUGGACAGGGGCGAUAUUAAUGGCCUUCUAAUGGUGGACCUAAGUAAGGCCUUCGACCUCAUAAAUCACGAUCUUCUUCUUAAGAAAUUAGAAAUCUACGGUUUAAGUGAGACAACGCUUGACUGGUUUAACUCGUAUUUAUGGAUGAGAAAGCAGGCCGUGGCCGUAAACGGAACAAUUUCUGAUUUUCUUGACAUCUCGCGUGGUGUCCCACAGGGGAGUAUUCUGAGUCCUCUUCUCUUCAUCACGUUUAUGAAUGACUUAUCUUUUGAAAUUGAUGACCCCCAGAAAUUAAAGAUGUUCGCGGACGAUUCAACAAUAUUAGUUGCUGGCAGAACUCUAGAAUAUGUGAAUCAACAGUUGGCACACUCGUCGCUUCACGAAGAGUGUACAUCUCAGAUCAGAUCAGACAGUCCAAUCAAAGAAAAAUUGCAAUUUCCAAACUUGGAAAGGGAAACGAGGAGAAACAUGAAGUCAACCAUACUUUCCGCUGCUUUGCUGUUCUUCUUGAGCCCUGAUUUAUUGGCCUUACAAGGUGCGAACGUGUGUCUCCUCCCAAACAAGACAGGAUUCUGUAGAGGACGUUUCCCGCGAUUUUAUUUCAAUAGGGCCAGCGGUCGCUGCAUGAAAUUUUUCUAUGGUGGUUGCGGUGGAAAUGGAAAUAAUUUCAAAACAUUGGAGGAAUGCAGAAAAACCUGUGUGAGCGUAAGCGUGUGUAACCUUCCAAAAGAGACAGGGUUCUGCAGAGGACGUUUCCCGCGAUUUUAUUUCAAUAGGGCCAGCGGUCGCUGCAUGAAAUUUUUCUAUGGUGGUUGCGGUGGAAAUGGAAAUAAUUUCAAAACAUUGGAUGAAUGCAAAAAAACCUGUGUGAGCGUAAGCGCGUGUAACCUUCCAAAAGAGACAGGGUUCUGCAGAGGACGUUUCUCGCGAUUUUAUUUCAAUGAGGCCAGCGGUCGCUGCAUGAAAUUUUUCUAUGGUGGUUGCGGUGGAAAUGGAAAUAAUUUCAAAACAUUGGAUGAAUGCAAAAAAACCUGUGUGAGCGUAAGCGCGUGUAACCUUCCAAAAGAGACAGGGUUCUGCAGAGGACGUUUCCCGCGAUUUUAUUUCAAUAGGGCCAGCGGUCGCUGCAUGAAAUUUUUCUAUGGUGGUUGCGGUGGAAAUGGAAAUAAUUUCAAAACAUUGGAUGAAUGCAAAAAAACCUGUGUGAGCGUAAGCGCGUGUAACCUUCCAAAAGAGACAGGGUUCUGCAGAGGACGUUUCUCGCGAUUUUAUUUCAAUGAGAGAAUAUACAGAAAAACUUCUUUGCUAUUUUUUUUUUUUCAAGGUAUAUGUCGUCUUCCACCUCAGACAGGACCCUGCAGAGCACAUUUUCGGAUGUAUUACUUUGAUGAGACCAACGGACAGUGCAAGCAGUUCACCUACGGUGGUUGCAGAGGAAACCACAAUAAAUUCCGCACUUUGGAAGAUUGCAAACAAACGUGUGUGAGCGUGUGUGACCUUCAAAAAGAGACAGGACUCUGCAGAGCUCGUAUCCCGCGAUUUUACUUCAAUGAGGCCAGCGGUCGCUGCAUGAGGUUUUUCUAUGGUGGUUGUGGUGGAAAUGGAAACAAUUUCAAAACAUUGGAAGAAUGCAAAGAAACGUGUGGGGCAGAAUCCUGUGCAUUCACCUCGAUUGCACAAAAACAUCGUCGCUUCACGAAGAGUGUACAUCUCAGAUCAGAUCGGACUGUCCAAAUCAAAGAAAAUUUUCAAUUUUCAAACUUGGAAGGGAAAACCAGGAGAAAUAUGAAGUCAACCAUACUUUCCGCUGCAUUGCUGUUCUUCUUGAGCCCAGAUUUAGUGGCCUUACAAGGUGUGAACGUGUGUGUCCUCCAAAGCAAGACAGGAUUCUGCAGAGCUCGUAUCCCGCGAUUCUAUUUCUAUGAGACCAGCGGUCGCUGCAUAAGGUUUUUUUACGGUGGUUGCGGUGGAAAUGGAAAUAAUUUCAAAACAUCGGAAAAAUGCAAAAAAACAUGUAUAUGUCGUCUUCCACCUCAGACAGGACCCUGCAGAGCACAUUUUCGGAUGUAUUACUUUGAUGAGACCAACGGACAGUGCAAGCAGUUCACCUACGGUGGUUGCAGAGGAAACCACAAUAAAUUCCGCACUUUGGAAGAUUGCAAACAAACGUGUGUGAGCGUGUGUGACCUUCAAAAAGAGACAGGACUCUGCAGAGCUCGUAUCCCGCGAUUUUACUUCAAUGAGGCCAGCGGUCGCUGCAUGAGGUUUUUCUAUGGUGGUUGUGGUGGAAAUGGAAACAAUUUCAAAACAUUGGAAGAAUGCAAAGAAACGUGUGGGGCAGAGUAAUGUGAUAAUGCCUGGAGGGAAAAGGGUUUUAACAAGAAAUGCAAGUCUUCCGAUAAGUUUGCCCGCCACAUUUUGCUCGUUCGAAAAUAAAUUUUUCUCAGCAUCCUGACGUUAGAGUAAAUUUUUUAAAAAGUUUUUGCUGAUUCCAUGACAGUGUGAUAUUCUUCACGCUUGAUCUCGUACUUUUUCAGAUGAGUGCUCUAUUUUUAGCCUUGAUCUAGCGGAUUGCUACAGUAUUGUAAUGUAAAGCAGUUAACUAUUUAACACAGAAAUAAAGAAGAAAAAGAUAGUUA